AUGGAAAACUCAACACAGAUUUUUUCAUUUGUACUGACCGCAUAUGGAAAUAUAGGACUAUUGAAAUACUUGUAUUUUACUAUAAUAAUUGUGUUGUACAUUGCAAUAGUCUUUGCUAAUACAAUGCUUAUAGUGGUGAUAUCCAUGGAAAGAAAGCUACACCAGCCCAUGUAUCUGUUUCUCUGCAGUUUGUUUGUUAAUGAAUUAUAUGGCAGUGCAGCUUUAUUGCCUUUCCUCAUGGUACAGGUUCUAUCAGACACACAUGUGGUGCCUGCUCAUUAUUGUUAUUUACAGAUAUUUGUUAUUUACACAUAUGCAGUAAUCGAAUUCUGCAAUUUAGCAGCCAUGGCAUAUGACAGGUAUGUUUCUAUCUGUUAUCCUUUGCAGUACCAUGUCAUUAUGACCUCUAAUAGAGUGAUCAUGAUCAUAAUACUAGUAUGGGUUUAUCCUUUUAUGAACAUUACUUUUACUAUGUAUACAAGUGUAAGUUUACCCAAGUGUGGCAACAUUAUAGAUAAAGUAUAUUGUAAUAACUAUUCAUUAGUCAAACUUGCCUGUGAAGACACAACAGUGAAUAACUACAAUGGAAUAUUUGGAACUUUUCUGUCUCUUGUUGUCCCUGUAAUCCCGAUUGUAUUUUCCUACAUCAAGAUUUUACGUAUUUGUUUAAGAUCUUCAAAAGAGACAAAACAGAAAGCCCUCCGCACAUGCACACCUCACUUGGCUUCUCUGAGUAAUUUCUUCUUUGGCUGUUGGUUUGAGAUUCUGCAGAGUAGAUUUGACAUGAGUCAUGUCCCAGCUGUUCUGCGUACUAUUAUCUCAUUGUACUUCCUGGUGUGCCAACCACUUUUUAACCCUGUACUAUAUGGAUUUAAUUUAUCAACAAUCAGACAACAAUGUAAGACUUUGUUCCUCAAGAAAUCUGCUAUUCAAGGUUGA